AUGAGAAAUUAUCAAACGAUACGUGAAUGUGCAGAUCAGUUCCCGCAGAGGGUUCCAUCUGGAGUUCAGUUCGUAUGGGUAAGAGCCAUUUUCUUGUCUCUUGGGUCUUCUGUCAUCCAUGACUUCAUCGACUAUGGUGAAAAGCCAAUACGUUUGGAUCUACGCAUCAUUCAGUUCUCCAUGGUGGUGCUCUUUGCUCACAUGUUUUACACCUUGGUUCGGCUGCAAGCAAUCUUAGCGGUCCUCUUUGCGACGUUUGCUGGUUUUGGGAUCGCAAUGAGCGUGAGCUCCAUCAUCGUGGAGUUCCUGAGGUGGAGAAGAAGACGGAACACCCGUUCAGCACAGUCACGCGUUUUGCAAGCGGUUCCCCAGCCGGGUCAAUACCCCAGAACCAUGAUUCCGCCACGAUUAGACCCAUUUUAUGGUCACCAGACCGAACUAACCAGUCCGGGGCCACAUCAAUGGAGUUGAAGCAACGAGGAACGACAUAUGCAGCAAGAAAUUACAUGCUGUCUCAAGUCAGAUUCCCGGUAGCCUUCGUUGUUCGUUCGUUCGUACGACAUGGAAUUGUUUCAUUUCCCCAAACGACGCACACCGUAUAUGUUGUACUUUAGCUAGUACGUCCA